UAAUAUCCAAUAACUUGAAGAAUGCUAUGUAUAAUUUUGAUGAAGGAAAUAAUAAAAAUAUUUCUUGGCGACUAUCACGUUACACAAAUACAUAAUACCCUCACUCUAUUGAAAAAAAAAAAAAAAUAGAAUUUAUGUUGAGACAUAUUUGUUUGUGUGUAUGACGUAGUAUUAUUAUUUUUUCUUUGCUUCAGUUUCUUGAAGGUCUACGAUGAGGUUAAACGUUUAAAUCGUCUCAUUCUUUUUGGAGUAAUAAUAUUUUUUUUUCAUAUGUGUAUUUUUAAUGUGUGUAUUAAAUAUACAUUGUUAAAUUAUUUAACAUCUUUAUUUAUCAUUACAAAUGUAUUAUCGAGGUGAAUAAAUAUUAAAUGGCCACAUGUCAUCAUCAUACUGCAGACAGGCCAGCUGGCUUUCACUAAUUUAACUGGAAUUUUCAAGUUAUUUUGACGUUUUAAUAUUCAACGAAAUUUCGAAGACGUUCCAUUUUUAAAUGUGCCAUUGAAAAGACAACAACGUCUUUUCGUUUUCUCUCAAAUGUUGAUCUCAAUAUUUAGCUGAAAAAAAUUAAUAAUACACGUACACACACAGUGUAUUUUUUUUCUACUCGUUGUUAAUAUGAUUAUAUUAUUUCGAUUCGAAAUUUGAUAGUAAAAUAAUAAUUGUGAGUUUUAAAAAUAUAUAUUUUUGUAAAAAAUAAAUUGAAGGUUUAAGUUUCAGAUAAUAAAUUUAAACUCACUCAUUAUUUUAAAUAAAGAAUUUAAAAUAUUUUAAAUGGACAAGUGGAUAAGUCGUGGUAAAAAAACAGAAAAAUGGGAAAUAAGCCAAGAAAAAAAAAAUAUAGAAAAUACUCAUAAUAAAGAUGAUAGUUGUUUGAAAAAAAAAAAUAAAAAAUGGUCAAUUGGUGGUUUAUUUAAAAAAAAGCAAAAACAAGAAUCAUGUCAAAUUGUUUCAUCACCAUCAAUAAUAUACAAAAAAUCACCAGAAGAUAUACCAGGUCCAAGUAAUUCGACAUCUGAAAUAAUAAAUAAACAAACAUUAAAAGAUUUAAAUAUAAAUUCAAAUAAUUCCAAUGAAAAAAUAAGAGAUUCAUUGACAAUAAAUCAAGAAGAAUUUAUAAAAUUUGAUGAUAAAAUUAAAACAAAUGACACAAUUAAUAAAAUAUUAAUAAAAAAUCGUAAAAAACCAAGAUGUCAAAUGAAAAAUGAACGUUAUUUUAAAAGUAGUUCAGAUGAAAAUGAUGAUGAUGAUGAUUCAACACAAACAAUGCACUGCCAAAGUGAAGAUUUUUCAUACAAAAAAAUUGAUUUACCAAAUAAAAAACGUUCACGUGGUGCUAGAACAGAACGUUAUAUGAAACGUAUUUAUCGUGAUGAUAAUUAUGAUACAAAUAAAUUAUUAAAAUCACAAAAAAAAUAUUUAUCUGAUACAUUAACACCAAAAAUAUUAACACUUAAUAAUGAUACAUCUAAAAAACAAUAUUUAACAAAUAAAUCAUAUUCAUAUGAUAAUAAUAAUCAUGAUUUAUUUAAUAGCCAAUUAAACAUAUCAUUAUGUCCAACAAAAAGUUACAAUUGUUAUCCUCAUAUACAACAAAAUGAAUGUUGUUUUAGAGAUAAUAAUUAUGAUGAUAAUAAUCAACAACCACCAGAACCACCACCAAGAUCAUGCAAAUCAAAAAUAAUACAACCAACAAGAUAUUCAUUACAACAAUCAGACAUUGAUAUUACACAUAAAAAACAACAACAAUAUAUCAAUACUGGAUCACUUGAUAAUGAUUAUAUAAAAAAGCUAAAAAAUCAUGAUAUAAAUGAUGAUAUUAUUAUGGAAAAAAAAUUAAAUGAUGCUGAAAAACGUAGAUAUUCAAAAAAUUUAGAAGAAGCAUUACAAGAAUUGGAGACAAUAUAUAAUUCAUUGAAGCUUGAUGAUAAAGAUUUAUUAGAUCGUGCUGAAAAACGUUGUAUGGAUGAAUAUAGAUAUAAAUUAUCAUGUAAAAAUAAUAGCAGUUCAUUAAAAAGUUUAUCAGAUACAUCAUCAAAUGAUUUAACAAAAGAAUUAUCAUGGCGUGAUGAUGAUAAUACACGUUUAAAUGAUGACAUGGCAUAUAGACGUAUGAAAAAAUCAUCAAUAUCAAAAACAUCAUUAUAUGAACAACAAUUACCACGUGGUAGUUAUUUAUCAUCACCAAUAUUAUUAUCAUCAACAUCACAAAAUGAUUAUAAAAUAAAUAGUAAUCGUACAACACCUGAUUUAACAAAAGAUGAUGUUGCAUAUCGUUGUAUAAAUCAUUCAAUAAAUACACUUAAAAUUAAUGAUCCACAACCACCAUUUGGUAUACCAAUUGGUCCAGUAACAUGUUCACCUGAAAGUGAUUAUUUACAUCAUGAUUUAGCUAAUAAUAAUAAUAAUAAUAGAUCAAUUUAUUUACCAAAAAAUGAGCCAGAUAUUAUAACUGAUGAUUUGGCAUUUAGAAAUUUACGUAAAGAUAAUAAUAUUAAGAAUAAUUAUUUAAUUAAAAAUGGACAACAGGAUAAUAAUAAAAAAAAAAAAGCAACAAGAAGUAUGUCUGCUGAUAUUUAUGGUAUUAUUAAUAGUAAUAAUAAUAAAAAUAAACAAAGUACUUGGUACAAAGAAUAUGUUAAGCUUAAUCGUCCAACAAGAAUAUCUGGAUUUAUUGAUAAUUACAUGGAUAAAUAUCAAAUAAAUGAUGUGCCUAAUAAAUUACAUGAUGAUGAUAAUAAUGAUGAUGAUAAUUGUCAUAGAAAAACAAUAAAUUUUGAAGAAAUUCAAUGUAAAAAUAAGCAUGAUAUUGAUGAUAAUUUUCCACAUGAUAAUAUAUUUAAUAAUUGUUCUUUGACAAAUGAAAAAAAUAUAAAAUUAACAAUAAGUGAUAAAGAAUUAACAGAGUAUAAACAAUUAUGUCAUGAUCUUGAAAAUUUAAUUAUGAAAACAUCUGAACAAGUUAAAUUAACAGAUAACAACAAUAACAAUGAUGAUGUAUCAAAAACAUCAUUUGAUGAAUUUAUUGAAUUAGAAGAAAUGAUUAAAAAUAAUGUUGAUGAAUUGAAUAAUAUUGAUGAUAAAAUUAGUGAUGUUAUUGAUGUGAUUGAUGAAAAAAAAAAUAGCAAUGAAUUAAUAAUGAAUAAUGAUAAUUUCGAUGACGAUGAUAUUGAAUUAAAAUUUCAAGAAAUUUAUAAUUCAACUGAUGAUAAUAAUAUUGAAAAUUAUUUGCCUUUUAAUAGUGAUAUUGGUAUUGAUAAAUUAUCAAUAAAUAAUCAUGAUAAUUUAGAUAAAUUACAGGAUAAUAAAAAGGUAAAAUUAAAUGAUAAUAAUGAUGAUGAAAAUUUGAUGAUAACAAGAAAAAUUGAAGGUCGGGUAACAGCUCUAUGAUGGCGUCGUUGAUCGACGUUUCUUGGAAAUUCUACAAAUCAAAUUUUAUAUAUUAAAAAUAUAAACAAUAAAUUAAUUAAUGUUUAUUAAAAAAAAAAAUUAAUAAUAAAUAUAUUGUUAUUAUUUAAGCAAUAUUUAUGUUUGUUUUGUUUAUAAUAAAUAUAUAUUAUUUUUUAUUUAAUCAUAGUCUUACCUUUGAAAAAUAUGUUAAUAUAUUAUUACUGGUUUUUCUUGUUUUCUGUUGUUCACAAAAUAAAUUAUUAUUAUUGUUAUAAAAAAAAUUAAAAAA